AUGGCCAGACCAGUACCGCCGCCACAGCUAAACCCUUUGCGGUUAAAGACCGCUCUUAAAAUGGCGUUAUCCAAAUUGAAAUUCAUUCAGGAGAAGAAACUCGCAAUGACAAAACAGCAACGUCGCAAUUUAGCAGAGUUAUUACGCCAAGGUAAAGAAUCGUCGGCUCGAAUUCGAGUAGAGAAUAUAAUCCGCGAUGACAUAUACGUUGAACUACUUGAGUAUCUUGAAUUAUAUUGUGAGCUUAUCCUUGCACGUCUUUCCAUCCUCUUAGAUCGCAGUACCUGCGAUUCAUCUCUAUUGGAAGCGGUACAAUCGGUGAUUUAUGCUGCUCUGCAUACAGAACUCAGAGAACUCACUACAAUUAGGGACAUGUUGACGUAUAAAUAUGGAGUUGAGUUUGGUAAGGAGGCAUUGGAGAAUAGUGGAGGAUAUGUUCCCGAUAAAAUUACGAGACGGUGCGAGAUUGACCCACCACUGAUGGAUUUGGUUGAUAUGUACCUUUGUGAAAUAGCCAGGGCUUAUUCUGUACCUUACUCUGGGUUGCCAGUGGUAGAGGAGGAGGAGGAAGAGGAAAAGGGGGAGAAAGGAGAUGAUAAUGAUGAUAGUGGGGGAGGAGGUGGUGGUGGAGUGGGAGAAAAGAAUGAUAUGGCAAAGAAAGAAAAUGUAAAGGAAAGUCCUAUUGCUGAGCUAGCAAAAAAGUCGGAAAAGCUCUUUAUUUCUGACUCUCCUGGUGGUGCAAGUCUGAAGGUCACUAAAAGUAAUAGUAAGACGAAAGAAGGGGACGAUUUUGAUUUAUUAAAAGCGAGAUUUGCUGCGUUGAAGAGUACACCGAAAUAA